GAGUAUAAAAAUUUCAAAUUGAAAAAUGUUCAUAAGCCAGUUUAAAAGCUUAGCAAAAGCCUCUCCUAAUACCCAUUUUCAUUUUCCAUAAAAAAGGAACCUAAAACCCUAAAAAUUGCAUUUCAAGAACCCAAAAUUGAACUGGUCUUUGUUCACAGAUGUUUACACUUGUUAAAAAUGGUGCAAAAAGGCAUUUCCUUUCCAUGUAUUGCAUCAAACUGGAACUCUUUUUUUCCACAACAAAUGCCCAACCCAAUUUAAUGCCUGAAUUUCUAGUGAAUUCACUUGGGUACUCAAGAGAUAAAGCUAUUUCUGCUAGCAAUAAGGUAACUUUCUUGAAACCUGGAAACAACAAGCCUUAUUUAGUUCUUGAUUUCUUCAAAAACAUAGGUUUAGACAAGACACAGAUUAAAAUGUUGGUUUCUCCAGCACCAAGUUUGUUGUUUGCCAAUGUUGAAAAUACCCUUAAACCCAAAAUUAAGGUUCUUGAAGAAUUUGGCUUAUCCGGGUCGGAUUUAGCUAGGGUCAUUUCAAGAAGUGGUGCUUUUUUUAGAACAAGUUUGGAUAGUGGCAUUAAACCAAGUCUUAAAUAUCUUAGGGAAGUAUUGAGUAGUGAUGAUUCUGUUGUUAAAGCUAUUAAGAGAGCGCCUACAUUGCUACAUUAUCAUUUACAUAGAGCAAUGGCGCCUAAUAUAUCGUUGUUGCGUAAUCUUGGAUGUUCGAGUUUGGAUAUUGAGAAGCUUUUUCUUAGGAACCCGAGGAUUUUUCUUCAAAAGCCCGAGUGGCUUGAGGAUAUAGUGGAGAGAGUGGAAAAGGAUUUUGGGAUUCGUACGGAUUCAAGGAUGUUUUUCUAUGGAGUUGAAAUGCUUUCGUCGCUUAGUAAGUCGAGUUUAGAAAUGAAACUUGGGAUUUUCAAGAGUUUUGGAUGGUCUGAUUCUGAUAUUACUAUGAUGGUGCAAAGGCUUCCUUUAUGUUUGACUACAUCUGAGGCGAAGCUGAGAAAUGUAUUGAAGUUUUUCAUGGGGGAGCUCGGGUAUGAAUCUAGUUACAUAGCGUCUCAUCCCACGCUAUUGAUGUUCAGUUUGGAGAAGCGGGUCUUGCCCAGGAAUAAAAUCUUGGAACUUCUAAAGGAGAAGAAGCUGAUAAAGAGAGUGCCGUGUUUUUACACAGUUAUCAAGUGUUCUGAGUGGGAGUUUUUAGAAACUUAUGUCCUUCCCUUGAGGGAUGAGAUGCCUGAGGUAUAAGCAAAAGUACCAAUGAGGAAAAAACAUCGGUAGUUACUGUAGAACUGAAACUCGAUUGACUUAAGUAUUGGAUCUCGGAUCUCCAUUUCCUCUAAUGUCAUGGCACAUAGAUCUGCGUGUAGCUUUUGAGAAGCAAGGAAAUGAUCUCGCCAUCUUUUAAUCGGCUGUAAGUUUAUCAGUCAUUCUCAAAAUAUAGCAGUCUCAUUACAUUGCUUGCUUUUUAGUUCCAGAAGUUUAUUUCAGUGUUUGCUUCUCCAAUUAUUACUUAAGUAGCUAUCUUGCGCCUAUGUUAGAUUAUGUGCAAUCCGUAUCAGCCAAAUAACAUCUCAUAAUUUUCCUCAUUUGAUUAUAGGGACUUUUCUUCAUUAUAUUCCCUCAUGAUGCAGGUGACCCUUUGGGCUCUAGGUUCUCAAAAACUCCUCAGGAUAUUCAUAUUCAUUUCAUUAUUAGAAGACCAAUUCUUUUCAUAUAUGCAUAAACAUUCCGCUAUGAUGGUAACCAUAAUUUUCAUCGGCAUUUUGGUGUUACUAGAUUCUUGAUUUACUGGGUAGUGCCUUUUUGGUGGGUUUUGACUCGAGAUUACUCAUGAUGUAUUGAUUUCUUCAUAUUCGUCACUUUCUGAAAAAUCUUGCUUAAGGGUUUUGAAGAUGAGAUGAGGCCCAUGGCAAAGGCAUAUCUGUUUUAUUACAAAUAUUCUUUCAACAUGUGUUUAUCAUAUUGAUGUGUUGGAAGGACUGUAUUUUGGUUAAUUGAUUUAAAGAUGCUGAACUUCGUGGUUAUUAAUUUACAAUUUGGUAGAAACUUUGAUACAUCUUGC